UUCACCCAGGAACUGCUUUUUUCUGCUUAUAAAACUCUCCCACCACCCAAAAAAUGGAAAGCCAGCGCCACACAAUUCUUGCACCAUCUUGAAUACCGUCCAACCAAAAACCCUAAUUCGUGUGCAAGAGAAUGGGAAGGGGGAAGAUUGUGAUUGAAAGGAUCGACAAUUCCACCAGCCGGCAAGUGACUUUCUCAAAGAGGAGAAAGGGAUUGAUCAAGAAAGCCAAAGAGCUAGCCAUUCUCUGUGAUGCACAAGUUGGCCUUGUGAUAUUCUCUAGCACGGGAAAGCUUUAUGAAUAUGCAAGCACCAGCAUGAAAUCAAUAAUCGAGAGGUAUACUACAUGUAAAGAAGAGCGUCACCAUCAGAUAAAUCCAGAAUUUGAUGUCAAGUUUUGGCAGAGGGAGGCAGAAACUCUAAGGCAACAAUUACAGAAUCUACAAGAAAGCUAUCGCCAAUUGAUGGGAGAACAACUUUACGGUCUAAGUGUAAGAAACCUACAAGAUCUAGAGAAUCAACUGGAAAUGAGUCUCCAAGAUGUGCGCAUGAAAAAGGAACAAAUUCUAAAAGAUGAAAUCCAAGAGCUAAAUCGAAAGGGAAGCCUCAUCUUUCAAGAAAAUGUGGAACUUUUCAAGAAGGUAAAUCUCAUUCACCAUGAGCACACACAACUAUACAAGAAGGUUUAUGGUACAAUAGAUGUGACUACAACAAGCAAAAAUCCAUUUGUUUCACCUCCAUAUGGUAUAGGUGCAAGGGGAUGUCCACAACAAAUGGUCGAACUUCAAUUGUGCCAGCCUGAGCAAGAAGCUUAUGAGACAUCGGAAACUGCCACAAAAUGAAAGUCAAGUCUAAUUUCGUAUAAUAUUUUACUAUUACAACUUUUGGAGUAAAAGCUAUGAUAAUAUUCAGUAUAAUAAUCACACAUGCAAAAAAGCGAGAUAUUCCUUAGAUGAAUAUUUCUCACUUCACUCAAAGAAUCCCAAUAGAGAACAAUGCACUUCCUGAUGUUGUUUGUAUUAGUUAUAUAAGAUCUAAUUAUAGUAAAAAGACAUUUGUUUGUAAAACUGCAUUUGAAAAAAAGAAGUUUUGAAUAACAUAGCGUGGAUAUAUUUUUUCCUUUU